AGCCAAGACUUCCAACUCUCCUCCACUUCCUCAUCACUCAACUCCAGGAUGUUCAACUCUUCAUCAUCCUCCUCCUCCUCCUCUCUGGUCUGUCCUCUCCUCCAAAUCAUGCUGAACCACACUCUAAACAACAACACAGGGGUCAACCUGGUGGUGGUGUGUGUCCACGGCCUGGUCUCCUGUCUGGGCAUCCUGGAGAACGCUCUGGUCCUCUGGGUGGUCGGCUUCCGCCUGCGCCACCGGUAGGUUGGCUGGGGGGGGGGGGGGCGUGUGUGCGUACUUGCGUACGUGCGUGUGUUCACAGCAGAGUUUGGCUCAAUUCGAAAUGAAGGCAGUCAAUUCAGGAAGUGAUUUGAAAAAAAAAUGCAGAAAUGUUAAAACUUUUGAAAGAAAUAGCUUCUACUUUUCAGUUUAUUGAGAAGUCAUUGAAAAUAAAUGCAAAUUGUUUUUAUUAUUGAAUUGUCAUUUUAGUUUAUUUCCUGGAUUGGCUGCUUUCAAUUCGACCCUGGUUCACAGGUUGUCUCAGUCUAGUGUUUUCUGCUUAGGAAGUGUGUGUGGUGUCCGGAGGGCUGGGAAUAACAUGGGGAAUAACGUUUGGAACAAGACAGUAAAAAUAUGAAUUUCCUUCUCUUUUCUUCACAGCACCGUGGCCUCUGUCUGGGUUCUCAACCUGGCCCUGUCAGACUUCCUGGCUACGCUGACCCUCCCUCUCUUUACACACUACCUGCACUCCUCUCACAGCUGGGAGCUGGGAGGUACGCCAAUAGGCCAUAUAUCAGUCACCGUUAGCGGGGUUGCCAAUAACCAGAUGCAUCCGGUUUUCCGGGAUAGCUAAUUCAACCUAGCUUCCUUUUCCACUGAAAUCCAGAGGUGGAAACUCCGCUCAGGCAUUUUCUUUUACUCCCGCUAAGUCAGGGAUGUAGCUCAGUUGGUAGAGCAUGGCGUUUGCAACGCCAGGGUUGUGGGUCUGAUUCCCACGGGGGGCCAGAAUGAAAAAUAAAAAAAUUAUGUAUGCACUCACUAACUGUAAGUCGCUCUGGAUAAGAGCGUCUGCUAAAUGACUAAAAUGUAAAAUGUAAAUGUGAAUUCUACUUCUAUGUGACGUCCUAGUAAUAGCGGGUCCACAACUAAAAUGGCUGACAAAUUCUGCCAUUCUGAUGACUAGGGGCUCUAUGACAUCAGCCUCUCCAUUGUUGUGUCUAUGGUUACGCCUACAUUGAAAUACAUUAACAGCAAUACGUAGGAGCUAAACUAGUAAGCCACUGACAGAGUGUGCAUUAAAUAGAUGUAUACUGUAUGUACAAUAUAUGUAUGACAUGGGUAUUGGCAAUGUACACUAUAUAUACACAAAAGUAUGUGGACACCCUUUCAAAUGAGUGGAUUCGGCUAUUUCAGCCACACCCGUUGCUGACAGGUGUAUAAAAUCAAACACACAGCCAUGCAUGCAAUCUCCAUAGACAUUUGCAGUAGAAUGGCCUUACUGUAGAGCUCAGUGACUUUCACUGUGGCACCGUCAUAGGAUUCCACCUUUCCAACAAGUCAGUUUGUCAAAUUUCUGCCCUGAUAGAGCUGCCCCGAUCCACUGUAAGUGCUGUUAAUGUGAAGUGGAAACGUCUAGGAGCAACAAAGGCCCAGCCACAAAGUGGUAGGCCACACAAGUUCACAGAAUGGGACCGCCGAGUGCUGAACCGCGUAGCACAUAAACGGGACCAUCCCUGGAAGCCACGUCAGCGCAAGAACUGUUCGUCAGGAGUUUCAUGAAAUGGGUUUCCAUGGACGAGCAGCUGCACACAAGCCUAAGAUCACCAUGUGCAAUGCUAAGCGUCGGCUGGAGUGGUGUAAAGCUCGCCACCAUUGGACUCUGGAGCAGUGGAAAUGCGUUCUCUGGAGUGAUGAAUCACGAAUCACCAUCAGACAGUCCGAUGGAUGAAUCUGGGUUUGGCAGAUGCCAGGAGAACAUUACCUGCUCCAAUGCAUAGUGCCAACUGUAAAGGCAUAAUGGUCUGGGGCUGUUUUUCAUGGUUCAGGCCCCUUAGUUCCAGUAAAGGGAAAUCUUAACGCUACAACAUAAAAUUACAUUCUAUACAAUUCUGUGCUUCCAACUUUGUGGCAACAGUUUGGGGAAGGCCCUUUCCAGUUUCAGCAUGACAAUGCCCCCGUGCACAAAGUGAGUUCCAUACAGAAAUGGUUUGUCGAGAUCGAUCUGGAAGAACUUGACUGGCCUGCACAGAGCCCUGACCUCAACCCCAUCGAACAUCUUUGGGAUGAAUUGGAACGCCAUCUGCGAGCCAGGCCUAAUCGCCCAACAUCAGUGCCGGACCUCACUAAUGCUCUUGUGGCUGAAUGGAAGCAAGUCCCCGCAGCAAUGUUCCAACAUCUAGUGGAAAGUCUUCCCAGAAGAGUGGAGGCUGUCAUAGCAGCAAAGAGGGCACCAACUCCAUAUUAAUGCCCAUGAUUUUGAAAUUAGAUGUUUGACGAGCAGGUGUCCACAUACCGUUGGUCAUGUAGUAGACAGACAGACGGACGGACAGACGACAGACGACAGACAGACAGACAGACAGACAGGCAGCAGGCAGGCAGGCAGGCAGGGCAGGCAGGCAGGCAGGCAGGCAGGCAGGCAGGCAGGCAGGCAGGCAGGCAGGCAGGCAGGCAGGCAGGCAGGCAGGCAGGCAGACAGACCAGACAGACAGACAGACAGGACAGACGACAGACAGACAGGACAGACGACGACAGACAGACAGACAGACGACAGACAGACAGACAGACAGACAGAACAGACAGACAGACAGACAGACAGACAGACAGACAGACAGAAACAGACAGACAGACAGACAGACAGACAGACAGACAGACAGACAGACAGACAGACAGACAGACAGACAGACAGACAGACAGACAGUAGUGUCACAAGAAUAAUGCCAUUGCUUUUUGCUAUACAGCAGCACUGUUUUCUCCUUGGGAACAAUAAAAGUUGGUCCUAUCCUCUAGGUCCGCUGUGUACGGCCCAGUCCUCAGUCUUCUUCCUCAAUAUGUUUGUGUCAGCCUUCCUCCUGGCGGCCAUUUCUCUGGACCGCUGUCUCCUGGUGGCGCUGCCCGUCUGGAGCCAGAACCACCGCUCCGUCAGCGCCGCCUGGAAGGUUUUACUGCACUUUCUGUUUUGUUACGUCAUUCGUUUUGUUUUCGUACGUUGAUGAUGUCAUGAUAUAAUGAUGUAAUGUAUUAUGAUUACUUAUGAACGUUUACAGUGUCUCAAACUUGGUUUUUAAUCUGUAAUAGGGUGUUGCCGAUUGUUGUAAUAUUGUAGACACUUUAAUAAUAACUCUUUCUAAACUGCAUAAAGCAGAAGACAAGUGUCUGUUAGGCAGAGUGACCCUAGGGGUGUGAGGUUGAGGGCAAGAGGUUACUCAGGGCAUUGGACAAUAAAGUCAUCUUCUAAUCUUCUUUUUCUUCUUCCAAGGUGUGUGCGUUGGGCUGGUUGUGGGCGGCGGCCAACGCCUUCCCUUACUUCCUGUUCCGGGCGGUGACAGAGAAGAAGGACGGCAGGAAGCUCUGCUACCACCAUUUUGGAUUGUACUCGUCGCCAGGGACCCUGCAGAGGGACUGUAGGGUACGGCAGGCGGCGACCGCUGUGUCCAAAACGUUCCUGGCGUUCCUACUCCCCCUAGUGGUGAUUGCAGGGAGCUACGCCCUCUUCAGCAUCAGUCUGAGCCAGAGGAGGAAGAGGAGGAGGAAGGACAGCGGUAGUAGACUCACCGGGGCGUUGAUUGUUACCAACGUGGAACGUAGAGAGUCAAAACCCAACACAAACACCAAAAGCUCCACCCCCAAUCCAAAAUGUUCCACCCCUACUUCCCCCUCUGUCCAAUUGUCUUCCAGACGGACCGAGCCCGGCCUAUCCCGUGGCUUCACCAAAAUGGUGACGUCGGUCAUCGCGGCGUUUGCCCUCUGCUGGGCGCCCUAUCACGUGUUCUGCCUCAUCGAGGUCGCCGCCCAGUACUGGCAGCUCCAGGUCGCGUUGGUGGAGGUGGCGUUGCCCAUGGCGACAACCUUUGCCUUCCUGAACCCGGUGUUAAACCCGGUGCUGUACGUGUUCAGCUGUCCCAACUUCUGCGUCCGGAUCAGACAGAGUCUGGGGGAGCUGAUGGAGGGACUGUUGGAGGAGGGAGGGAUCGGGGGAGCAGGAAGGGGGGGGCGGGAGAUGAGUAUCAGGAAGGGGAGGAGGAGUAUGGGGGUGAACUCACGGUCGUCACCAAACUGUCUGGGGACUCCGGCAGUGGCGGCUCCUGAAAAAAUUCUCAGGGGGGGCAAUUUUUCUGAUGAUUUAGGUGACCUACACACAUUUUAAAAAAGAUAUGUCCAGCAACAACAUGAAGACAGGGGCCAGCAUAUAAGUCAAUACCAGAAGCAUUUAUUGACUGAUCUCAAAAGUGUUGGCUUACCAGGGUUGGUGGAGCCCUCAGUUUCAUCUUUGCCUCGCAAAGCUAACUCAAAACACUCCGCAAAACUUCACACACUGGAUUAGCCGGCUGAGGAUGUGGCGGUUCUUGCUAAUGUCGUAGUAAAUAUAUUUGUUAUAGUGAAUAUGGAAUAUGAUAUGUUGAGUAAAAUGUUGUGCUAAGAUCUAUUUAGGUCAGGAGCUGGUUAUAAGUUCUGUUUCCUAUCCAAUAACAAUGGACAAAAGGGUCCUAUCUUGUCAGCCUUGUCAGCAGGUGGCCAAGGACAACACCCACGCCAUAGGCCUCUCAGUUCUUCCAACUCACGAGUUCUUGCUCUGAGGACACACACACACACACACACAAACACACACACACACACAUCAUCACUGUUAAACACACACACACACACACACACACACACACACACACACACACACACACACACACACACAUCAUCACUGUUAAACACACACACACACACACACACACACAAAAAUCCCCUCUCUUAGGCUGAACAUUUGAAGACAGAGAACCCGACUCAGAGCCAAUGCAACAGUGACAGUAGCCUGGAGGGGACCUCGCCCAACUCAUCAGGACCAAUCAGAAGAUCAGAACUACUAG